CCUGCCUUACUGAUCAUCAGGGUGCUCCAGCAGAGACACAGCCCAUUGAGGAGAACAUUUACCACUAACACAUAGCUAGGAGCAGUCUAACAGGACACCUCCUCUGUGGCUUGUUAUCUCUUUCUGUUUCCAGAUCAGCACACAAUUCCGGCUGCUGAUGUCACAUGACUCGUGGGAGCUGCAGGAGGAAGCAGGUUGGGUUGAGACAGCAGCAGCAGCAGCGAUGCAAACAUCCACGAGCUGAGCGGGGCUGAAGGUUUUGGACAACAGAGACAAACACAGGCUGAGAUGCAGGAUCAUCGGACACAGGACACACACACAUAAUGCACGUGGAGUGGUCGGAGUAAAUAGGACACCCAAGUGAAGCGGGACAGGAGUGCGUCUGUGGUCCAGAUGAAGUGUCUGCUGAUAGGCAAUGAGAGCGCUGAGGUCCUCUUCCACUGGACCGACCCAGAAUUCCAGCAGAACGUCCAGGAGCAGUAUGGGGCGUCUCAGGAGGAGGGCCAGGGGCUCCCGGCCUUCGAGGACAGCAUCAGCACUCUAUUCGCCCCCAUCAUCAUCUCCUGCAGCACCAUGGUGGACAGGCUGGGUGACAGCUACACGUGCUUCACUACAGAAAACAACCACAUCUACGUCCUGCACCAGUUUGACGAGUGUCUCUACAUUGCUGUGAAUGGAGACGGGGAGGAGGGAGAGGAUGACCUGAGGAGGAAGAUCUACGUGAUGAAGAAGUUGAUCGAGGUCAUGUUUGGCAUGGUCACCCUCAGCAGUAACCUCCUCAGGAAAGAACUGCGUCCUCAGGACACGGAGCAGAGAGCGAGGCUGUGGAAGCAUCUCCAGAGUCUGCUGGAGACCUACAGUCACCUCCGAGAGAACGACCAGAGCUUCUUAGUGGAGGCGGUGGAGAGGCUGAUCCACCCCACGCUGUGCGAGCAGUGCAUCGAGUUCCUGGAGCGCCGCUUAGUGCAGCAGCUCAACAGCAGCGUGGAGCGAGCAGGAGAGGAGGUGCUGCACGCCUUCAUCCUGGUUCACACUAAACUGCUGGCCUUCUACUCCAGCCGCAGCGCGAGCACACUCUCCACCUCAGACCUGCUGGCCCUCAUCAUCAUGGCACAGAAUAUGUAUCCUAGCAACGUAGACCUGGAUGAGCCGAAUCCUGAGGAUGUUGAGAGUACGUCUGGCUCUGGUCCUGAAAGUUUUUACACGCCAGAGCCGUCCCCUACAGACCGGGACUCCAGCAGCUCAGCAGACAAGCCAGUGAGAGGAAGUACCCCUGUGUUUGAGUUUGUGGACCCAGACGUCCAGAUGGCAGAGGACAGCCUGCAGACUCUCGAAGUUCCUCCCCCUGACCCUUCGAGCCCUCGCAGAGUCUUCUUAGAGGUCUCGCAGAAAGAUGGGCUGUAUCCCAUGAUGCCUCAAGCCAUGUACUGUCUGCCACUGUGGCCCGGCAUCACACUUGUGCUGCUUACUAAGAUUCCCACCAGUGCAGUGGCCAUAUCAGUGUAUACGUUUUUGGAAGCCUUCGACAAGCUGGAGAAACGUUUAAGUGAAGGUCUAGAGGGUUCUGCAGCCACAAGAGGCCAGCCGACCAUACACGACAUCCGCAGCAAACUGGAUAGAUUCAUCAAAGCCCUGGGGCAGAGUGAGAUACAGUCUGCGCAGUUACAAAACGUCUGGACGGAGUUUAAGAACCGAGCCUUCGCCAGAGGAGGACCCGGGUUCAACAGAGAUCUGAUCCUGUGGUGUAAGAAUAUGAAGACCCAGCUGUGUGGCAUCUACCGACAGUGUUUUCUUGUUGAAUCUGGACCAGCCGACAUUCCUCGCUGUCUCUCCCCCGGUCUGCAGGAACGAGCCCAGACCAUGGUGCAAGAGAAACUAAUGGACUGGAAAGACUUCCUGUUGGUGAAAAGCAAGAGGAAUAUCACCAUGGUGUCUUACCUGGAGGAUUUCCCAGGCCUCAUUCAUUUUAUCUGCGUGGACCGAUCCACGGGCCAGAUGAUUGCGCCAUCGCUCAGCGUCACAGAGCGCAACACGUCUGAGCUGGGGAAGGGGCCGGUGGCUCAGUUCAUCAAAAACAAGGUGUGGAGCCACGUCAGCAUCACACGACGCUAUCUCCAGAAGGGUUACUCCACUGUCACGUUGCGUGAUGGAGACUUCUACUUCUGCUACUUCCUCUGGUUUGAAAAUGAAACAGGCUAUAAGUUAGAAGCAGGAGACAUACCCAUCCUACCUGACGACUCUGCCCCCAUUGGGAUGCUUGCCUGGGACUACUACAGCAGGAAGCUGCUGCGGUACUACAGCAAGAACCACCAGGGUGAGGUGGUGAAGUGCUACGAGCUGCUGACGGUACACCUGGGGGUCAUCCCCACCGAGAUCAUCCUCCAGCACUGCAGACAGCUGGCGAGCAAACUGUGGGAGCCUUCACGCAACCCUCUGCUGUAGACACACCCACACACUUACUGUAGCUGAGUCACAGUAGCCAAGGUAUUUGUUUGUUGUUUUGCCAAGAACUGAGGAAAACAAUCCCUUGCUCUCUGUAGAUAUGUUCUGCGUCUACUGCCUGUGUGUUCAUGCUUCUGUCAUUUUCAUCGUGUUUAAGGUUAUUUAUUCUGCCAUGAACAAGUUGUUUAUUAGAGGCACUUAGGAUUAGCACAUUGGAACGCCACUGUGCACUUAUGCACUCUUAUGUGUCUUGUAUGAAUUGUAAUGGGAUUAUUACGCCUUAAUUUAUGUAAUAUAUUUUUGAAUACUCAUUUAUGACCUGUUCCCUAUUUAUAGUAAUACUGUAUAUGUUUUUUAAAAUUUGCAGCUGAUCAAUUUUUAAAAAAUGCAGAUACUGUCCACUGUUGCCUUUACUACUGUUAGUGUCAUACCUUGAAACAUGAAAUACUGUGUGUCUCCCUUUAUAUAGAUUAUUUUUUGGGAGAAAAUAAAUAUCCAUAGACGUACAUUCA